AGUAGAGCUGGGUAGCUGACGCCAUCCUCAAGCCUCUAGCUUGCUUGUAUGGAGCAUGCGCUUCCUCCUCCUCACUUCCUCUCCUGGAGCUAGCGGAGUAAAGCUGAGCCCCAGACUGUGACCGCCCGGCGCAGGAACUUCAGCACCCGCGGAGCGGACAGCGCCCGCUGCACCUGCCCACCUGGCGGAGUGCAAAGCGGCGCACCGCGUCUCCUCCACCACCACAAGCUGCUUGCAGGCCCGGGCCCUGCGCCUCUCCCUUGGCGCUCCUGCCCCUUCCUGUUUUUCACUCCCCUUUCAUUCAUAACAAAAGCUACAGCUCGGGGCCAGCGCCAGGCUUUUUCUGAAGCGGAGCGUGGAAGAAUGGGGUUCCUUUGGACCGGCUCUUGGAUUCUAGUGAUGGUGCUCCACAGCGGCCCAAUUCAAGCUUUCCCCAAACCCGAAGGCAGCCAAGACAAAUCUCUGCAUAAUAGAGAAUUAAGUGCGGAAAGACCUUUGAAUGAACAGAUUGCUGAGGCAGAAGCAGACAAGAUUAAAAAGACAUACCCUCCAGAAAACAAGCCAAGUGAAAGCAAUUAUUCUUUUGUCAAUAACUUGAAUCUGCUAAAGGCAAUAACAGAAAAGGAGAAAGUUGAAAAAGAAAGACAAUCCAUAAGAAGUCCCCCCUUUGAUAACAAAUUGAAUGUGGAAGAUGUCGAUUCAACCAAAAAUCGAAAGCUGAUUGAUGAAUAUGAUUCUACAAAGAGUGGCUUGGACCGUAAAUUUCAAGAUGAUCCAGAUGGUCUUCAUCAACUAGAUGGAACUCCUUUAACUGCUGAAGACAUUGUCCACAAAAUUGCUACCAGGAUUUAUGAGGAGAAUGACAGAGGAGUGUUUGACAAGAUUGUUUCUAAACUGCUGAAUCUUGGCCUAAUCACCGAAAGCCAGGCACACACUCUGGAAGAUGAGGUAGCAGAGGCUCUACAAAAAUUGAUUUCAAAGGAAGCCAACAACUAUGAGGAGGACCUCAAUAAACCCACAAGCAGGACAGAGAAUCAGGCUGGAAAAAUACCAGAGAAAGUGAUUCCAGUGACAGCAAGUCAAGAUGAUUUUGCUAAUGGAGAAAAUGAUGAAACAGUAUCUAACACCUUAACCUUAUCGAAUGGCUUAGAAAGGAGAACUAAAACCUACCGUGAAGACAGCUUCGAAGAGCUCCAGUAUUUCCCAAACUUCUAUGCACUACUGAAAAGCAUUGAUUCAGAAAAAGAGGCAAAAGAGAAAGAAACUCUGAUCACUAUCAUGAAGACGUUGAUUGACUUUGUGAAGAUGAUGGUCAAGUAUGGCACAAUAUCUCCAGAAGAAGGUGUUUCCUACCUCGAAAACUUGGAUGAAACAAUUGCUCUUCAGACUAAGAACAAACUAGAAAAAAAUGCUACUGACAGCAAAAGCAAGCUUUUCCCAGUGCCUUCGGAGAAGAGUCACGAAGAAAGCGACAGUACCAAGGAAGAAGCUGCCAAGAUGGAAAAGGAAUAUGGAACCCUGAAGGACUCCACGAAAGACGGUAACUCCAGCCCCGGAGGAAAGACGGAUGGAGCGAAAGGGAAAACAGAAGCAUAUUUGGAAGCCAUCAGAAAAAACAUUGAAUGGUUGAAGAAACAUGACAAAAAAGGAAAUAAAGAGGAUUAUGACCUUUCAAAGAUGAGGGACUUCAUCAACCAGCAAGCUGAUGCUUAUGUAGAAAAAGGCAUCCUUGAUAAGGAAGAGGCCAAUGCCAUUAAGCGCAUCUACAGCAGUCUGUGAAGACGGCAGACAACCCAAGUCUUUCGACUGUUCCAACAAACACAAUAUAGCUUAAAACACUAAUUCAGUGAUUAAAGAUUUAUUGACCCAGGAGUGUUAGGACAUGCUGAAUUUGUAGUUAACCUUUUAGAAAUGGGUAAAAUAUAGCUCUCUUGCCAUAAAUACCUUAUGAAAGUAAAGUUGUAUGUAAGCUGAGAUUUUGUAUAUAGAAUCCUUAUUUCCUCGUAGAUUUACAUUUUAUAAUCAGAGAUGUGCUGCUCUGGAAGCUUCUAAUGGAUUGAAUGUACACAUACUCCUUGAAGAAAUGAGUGGUCCUGUUUACCAGGCAUGCUGGACACCUGAGCACCUUGUUAAUAUGCCUGUUACUUGAUGUUGCUUUCACUAGCAGUUACCUGUUGAAAUUGGAAAUAAACCCACAGUUCCUCAUAGCCUUGACA